AUGGAGAAAGAUGAUCAUCACGGCAAGGCCAUGAAUGUUGAAGACGCUAGAGGUAACGACGCCAGAAUCCUUCUAUACGACGAUGAUGGAAAUGUGCGAAACCUAACAGUUCCAUCAGCAGACCCAAACGAUCCUCUCAAUUUUGGGAUCUGGCGACAGCGUCUCGUUCUGUUGGCCGCCUGCAUGUAUGGUAUCGCUGGUUUCGGUGUUAUUCAGUCAACACCGCUCUUCUUUGGGAAUCUUAUUGCCGAAUACAUGAAGGAAACUCAUGGUAAAUUCCACCCCAGCCGUAUUGCAGAUCUUGCUAGCUAUCCUUCUCUCUGCAUGGGCUUGGGAAACUUCUUCUUUGUUCCCUUGUCCAUGGCACUCGGUCGCCGCUUCACCUUGAUUUUUAGCAACAUUAUCUUUGGUCUCACUGCAGGUAUUGCGGACUGUCUGCUACAGAUUAUCGUGCUCGACAUGUCAUUCCUAUAUAAGCGAAGCGCGCGACUCACUGCCUACUGGGCGUUGACCGCCAUCGGGUCGUCUAUGCUACUGGUCCCAGUCCCUUUUAUCGUUGAGAACGCGGGCGGUAAUUGGAGACUCAACUAUUGGUUCUGCGGAAGAAUCCACGCAACAGAUGCCUACGGUGCUCAUCGAACAUUUGCCUCGCCGCAAGCCGCCCGCGACGCUGGCUUCGACAUUGAAGAUGCUCAGUCAGGGAACCCCACAGAGCUCUCGUAUAAGCGUCAGUUUGCGCUUUUCACAGUCCAACCAUCGCCUGUUGCCCGGUUCCUUGGUGCGUACAAAGACAUCUUCCUCUGCAUUCUUGUUCCAGGCACUUUAUGGGUACUGCUAUUCAAUAGUAUGGUAUUUGGGGGUCUCGUGGUGCUGAGCUUGACCUACGCACAGCGUCUCGAAAUGCCGCCUUGGAAUUUCUCCCCAGAAACAGUUGGAACGGUCCAAAUUGGAUCAGCCAUUGGGGCACUUUUUGGUCUGGGAUAUGGAGAACUAGCAGAGCCCAUCAGCCGCUAUUUGACCAAAAGAAAUGGAGGCGUUCGUGAGCCUGAGCAUGUUUUACCGAACUUUAUUCUCUCGGCGAUUCUCUGUUUUCUGGGUACGAUCAUUUACGGUGUUGUAGCAGCAGAUCCAACGCGGUACAGCUAUGUAAGCAUGCAUGCUGCUUUCGCCCUGUUCUACUUUGGCUUCUGCGCUAUUUCGGCAGUGACUGGAGUUUGA